AUGCCAACGAAUACAUUUUGGCUGCACUGGUUGCCGGACAUCGAUUCUAAGGCCGAUUCCACAUAUUUUGAACAAGAAGGGGCAAAAAUUCUGAUUUAUACAUUUCCAAUCCUACUCAUUGCCACUUUGGGUUGUUUAUACCUCCAUCUAAACAAGACCUAUGGUGAUGAUGUCGAUGAAAGGUCAAAUGCCUCUGGAAAAAGUUAUCGCUUGGCCUCAUGGAGGAGGCCAGCACUUGUGAAAGGUCUUCUUGGGAUUGUUUCUUGGACAGAGUUGUCGUUUCUACUUAUGUUCAUUGCAUUCCUGGUUUGGUCAUUCUCAGCUUAUUUACAUGGCAUGUUUGCAAAUAUUACUCAACUAUCAGCAGCAGAGAUGGGAGUCAAAGUGUGGGAGGCUAAGUUGGAAAGUGCAGCUCUAAUGCUAGGCCUUAUUGGUAACAUCUGUCUUGCCUUUCUCUUUUUCCCAGUAACUCGAGGUUCAUCCAUGUUGCGGCUUGUCAGCCUAACGUCGGAGUCAAGCAUCAAGUAUCAUAUUUGGCUGGGGCACACUGUUAUGACCCUCUUCACAUCACAUGGAUUGUGUUACAUAAUCUUUUGGACCAAAACACAUCAAUCUUCAGAGAUAAUGAAAUGGAAUAAACUUGGAAUCUCAAAUGUGGCCGGAGAAGUAGCCCUGUUUUCUGGACUAGCAAUGUGGGUGACAAGCUUUCCUCGCGUAAGGCGAAAGAUUUUUGAGCUCUUUUUCUACACUCAUCAUCUAUACAUCCUAUUCAUCGUGUUCUUCGUGUUACAUGUGGGAUUCUCUUAUUCUUGCAUCAUGCUUCCUGGUUUCUACCUCUUCUUGAUUGACCGGUACCUCAGAUUCUUGCAAUCUCAACAAAGGGUACGCUUGGUUUCCGCCCGUGUUCUGCCUUGCCAAGCUGUGGAAUUAAAUUUCCCUAAAACCCCAGGAUUGAGGUAUAAUGCAACAAGCACCAUGUUCAUAAACAUACCUGGCAUUUCCAAGCUGCAAUGGCAUCCGUUCAGUAUUACCUCCAACAGUAACUUGGAACCUGAGAAGCUAAGUGUUGUUAUCAAAAGUGAAGGAAGUUGGUCUCACAGGUUGUAUGAGAAGCUCUCAUUGCCCUCACCAAUGGACCACCUUGAAGUUUCUAUUGAAGGUCCUUAUGGACCUGCUUCAACCAAUUUUCUAAGACAUGAUAUGCUUGUGAUGGUGAGCGGAGGAAGUGGCAUUACUCCAUUUAUAUCUAUCAUCCGGGAGUUGCUCUUUACUGCUGCCACAACAAGCUGCAAGGUGCCAAGAGUGCUCCUCGUUGCUGCUUUCAAGAAAUCUGUGGAUCUGACCCUUCUAGACCUCAUUCUUCCAGUUUCAGGCACCACUUAUGACAUUUCUCAAUUGCAAUUAGAAAUUGAAGCAUUUGUGACAAGAGAGAAAGAGCCAACAACAGACAACCAAAAGCUCCACCAGACCAUAUGGUUCAAGCCCAGUUCUUUGGAUGCUCCAGUUUCUGCAAUUCUAGGCUCAAACAGCUGGCUUUGGCUGGGAGCUAUAACUUCAGCUUCUUUCAUCAUCUUUCUUCUGCUCAUCGGCCUUCUUACACGAUACUACAUAUACCCCAUUGACCAUGAUACUAACAUGAAAUAUGCAUACUCGUCAAGAUCUGCUCUAAACAUGUUAUUCAUAUGCGUGUCCAUAGUAAUAACUGCAACCAUAGCUUUUCUCUGGAACAAAAAAGGAAAUGUUAAGGAAAUGAGGCAGAAUCAAAACACAGACACACCAGCACCAAUGGCAUCACCAGGACCAGGAUCAUGGUUCUACAAUGCCGAUAGAGAGUUGGAAAACCUUCCCCACCAGUCUUUUGUUCAAGCUACCAAAUUGCACUAUGGUCAAAGGCCCAACCUUAAAAAAAUACUCAUGGAGUGUGAAGAUUCUCACACUGAUGUUCUUGUUAGUGGCCCGGAGAAGAUGAGACAGGAAGUAGCAGCUAUCUGCUCAUCCGGUUUGGCAAAUAACUUGCACUUUGAAUCAUUCAGUUUUAGCUGGUAA